AUGGCUUCCAUGGUCGUCAACAACAAUGGCGGAUUGGCUUCAGCGAAGUUCCAGUUGCGCAGUCUCGGAGCUUCCUCAAUAUAUUCUCCACUUACUUAUCCAAGACGGUUUCAGUUUCAAUUCACUGCUUCUCGCUCUCACGUCCGAUUUCCCGAUGGAUAUCAUUAUCAGAGGAGAGAUUGUUCACCAAUUUCCUGCUCUCGGAAAACCGAACAGGAGGAAACUUCAUCUUCUUCAGGGACUUCAUCAAAUGAUGACAUUUACAAUGUAAAUAAAUCUAAACAAGUCUUACCUGGUGGUAGUUCCCGUGGGAAGAUACAAGGAGCUGAGAACUAUAAGACUUCUGUCAGAACUGUUGCCUUGUGUGUUUUAUCGGCAGUGGCAUUUGGGGUUGGUUUGGGGUUUAAAGAUGGAGUUGGCAAGGCGUCUGAGUUCUUUGCUGGGUACUUGCUGGAGCAAAGUCUGUCGGUCGACAAUUUAUUUGUCUUUGUUCUGGUUUUCAAAUAUUUCAAAGUUCCUCUCAUGUACCAGAACCGGGUGCUGUCUUAUGGUAUAGCUGGUGCAAUCAUCUUCCGGUUAUCACUGAUACUUCUAGGAACAGCCACAAUUCAGAGGUUCGAAGCCAUUAAUCUGCUACUGGCAGCAAUACUAUUGUAUUCUUCAUUCAAGCUGUUUGCAGAAGAGGAGGAAGAUACUGAUUUAUCUGACAACUUCAUAGUCAAGACAUGCCAAAAGUUCAUCCCUGUAACUGCAAAUUAUGAUGGCGACAAAUUCUUGACAGUUCAUGAUGGCGUACUGAAAGCAACUCCUUUGCUUCUGACGAUAGCUGUUAUUGAGCUGAGUGACAUUGCAUUUGCUGUUGAUUCAAUACCAGCAGUUUUUGGUGUAACACGGGACCCUUUUAUCGUUUUCUCGUCAAACCUGUUUGCCAUUUUAGGUUUAAGAUCAUUGUACACUCUCAUUUCUGAAAGUAUGGCAGAUUUGGAGUAUCUGCAGCCUGCCAUCGGCGUUGUUUUGGGCUUUAUUGGUUCUAAGAUGAUCCUUGAUUUUUUUGGUUACCAUGUUUCCACGGAGGUUUCUCUUGGAUUUGUGGCAACAUCUCUUGGUGCUGGUGUGUUGUUGAGUCUCCUGAAAAAGUCUGAUGUUGAGGAAGGGGAUAGGAGUUAA